AUGUACGACCGCGUCAAGCACCUCCCCGAGUACAAGGCCUGGGUGGCUGGUGGUGGUUUGGCGCGAUUCGCCAAUGAACAAGAUCUGGAAACAGAUUUUGUAGAUCACAUAUUCCGCACCAGCCCCCAGGUCCAGAUAGCGUACGAUAGAAUCCUCCGAACAAUGCCCAGCGUAUUGCAGGAGAUGACGCGGGAUAUGAGGCCAGAGCCGACGACCUACAGCCAGGCAACCGCACUCCAAGCAAUAAACGAUUACGAGCAAGGCAGCGGUUCGGCUGCAACCUCGGAGGACGAUGAUGACAGCGGCGAGAAGACGAGCAACCCUGAGCACAGAAUCGAGAAGGAACCCGCAAGCAAGCAAGCUAGCGACGUUGUGACAACCCUACAAUUACCACACUCGAGCCAUCCCAAGAAUUCCGUCAACAGAUCCCAACCAUCCAAUCCACCGCCAAAAUGCCACACCCAAGCCUCGAAUACACCACCGUCCAACCCCCCUCAUCCACCUACCCCCAAAACGCCACCCGCAACAACACCUCCGGCACCGACGCCUCCGUGCUCGACCGCCUCAAGAUCCGCGAAAUCUGCGAAAGGCUGGGGCACGUACCGCGACGCCGCCGAGUGGCAAAACUACUCUUCCAUGUUCCACCCCGGCGCCUACAUAACCACAUCAUGGACACAAGGCUGCCUCGAAGACUUCAUCGCAUCUUCAAAAGAAGGGUAUGAGAAACAGACGCCACAUGGCCCGUUCCCGUACAUUCUGCAUCGCAUCUGUGGCCAGACUGUCGAUGUACAAGGCGACAGAGCGAUAAGUAAAAUGAAAGUCACGAUUACGUGUCGCAUCAUGCUUGACGGCAUCGAAAUGGACAAUGAAGCCGACACCCGCUUCUUCUUUUUCUUGUCCAAGAACGCGCAGGGCAAAUGGGGUGUCAAUUUCAUGACGUUGCUGUUUGAUAAGGAUAAGAUGGUUCUUGUGGUGCCGGGCAAGGCGUUCGAUGUACCAGAGGAAGAGGUCAAGCAGUAUCCGAGUGGGUAUCGGUAUCUGGCUUGGGCGGAGAGUAAGGCGGGGAGGCCGCCGAAGAUGGAUUUGAAUGCGCAUGGGCCCGAGCGGGAUGUGCUGUAUGGGAAGUGCAAGGUGUGGCUGGAAGGUGGGGAUGUUAGGCCGAAUCUUACGGGGGAGGAUUUGGGGGAGUGGUAG